AGUGAGCCAAGCAUAAAAAAGUGUCAACUCAACCAGACAGUGAGAACCAAAAUACAAUACCCAAAAGUAAAGAGUCGAGCCAAAGAACAGCAGUCGGAAACUGAGAAAUUACAACUUAUCUGAAAGGAGUGCAUUAUGAACCCAGUCUACAACCCUGCACCGACAGGGGUCCCCUAUGUCAACCCUAAGGGACAUUUAGUAGGAUACCCAGCUGGAUUUCCUGCGGGGUACUCGGCUGGCCCUGCUUACACUCCCAACAUGUACCAUCCUGGAGGCAACCACCCAGCCUUCCCCACAGGUUACGCUCCGGGCACUUCUUUUAAAAUGACCUGCUUGCCCACCACGGGGGCUGUCCCACCCUACUCCUCAUCACCCAACCUCUAUCCUGCAGCAGCCUUCCCUGUGAGGAGCACCUACCCCCAACAGAACCCCUACACACAGCACCAAGGCACUUACUACACACAGCCUCUGUACGCAGCCCCACCCCAUGUCAUUCAUCACACUACAGUGGUCCAGUCCAAUGGGAUGCCAGCAGCUAUGUAUGCCCCACCCAUGCAUCACCAGUCCCGCCCACACAACGGCGUAGCCAUGGGGAUGAUAGCAGGGACCACUAUGGCCAUGUCAGCCGGAACUUUGUUGACGCACUCCCUGACCCCCCACCAAGCUACAAUGCCCACAUACCGACACCCAGGCGUGCCCACCUACAGCUAUGUUCCCCCCCAGUGGUAAAGUGAUGGCACUGUCAGAAGAUGGUAGAUAUGUAUUCACACUCCCGUUGGUGAUGACGCUCUCCGGUGUCUCUUGUCAGCUGUUCUUCCUUCCUUCUUUCCAUGCAUACUGUGAAUCUGAAGCCCAACUACAAAACAACACCAGGUGUGUUCAGAACAGGAUGAAGAGAAUAUUCCUACUGCUGACUAUUCCUGUUUUCAAUGAUACUAUCCAAGAAUCCUUCACUCACUCUGCUGCAUAUCUUGUGUCUGACGGCUAAGUUGUGCUUUGUGUACUGCCUUGCGAUUUUUAUAGCUAACUCUGUUAAGUGGUGAAAAGGGAGUUUGAAUUUGUUUUGAUGUUGGGAUCCAUAUCGAGUUGAAUGCGUGUGUAUAUACACUGAGUAUAUGAACAUCAGGAACACCUUCAUAAUAUUGAGUUGCACCCCCCCCUUUGCCCUCAGAAAAGCUUUAAUUCAUCAGGGGAUGGACUCUACAAGGUGUCAAAAGCAUUCCACAGGGAUGUUGGCCCAUGUUGACUCCAAUGGUUCCCACAGUUGUGUCAAGAUGGCUGGAUGUCCUUUGGGUGGUGGACCAUUCUUGAUAAGCAUGGGAAACCAAUGAGCGUGAAAAACCCAGCAGUGUUGCAGUUCUUGACACAAACCGGUGCGCCUGGCACCUACCAUAACCCGGUCAAAGACACUUCAAUCUUUUGUCUUGCCCAUUCACCAUCUGAUUGGCACACAUACACAAUCCAUGUCUCAAGGCUUGAAAGUCCUUCAAUAAGUGAUCAUAGCUUUCACCUGGAUUCACCUGGUCAGUCUCAUGGAAACAGCAGGUGUUCUUAAUGGUGUAAAAAAAGAAAUAACACUAGCUCAAUCUACCUUCCGUGACCAAUGCAAAGUCAUCAAAAAGAAAAAUUCAAAUGAACUACAAAAGAAAAAAAACUGCAGUUUUGAAUCAAUGAUGCCAUUUCUUAAUGUGAAACAUUAAAAGAAAGGAACAAGUUUAAUUCACACAAACGGUUAACUUGAGUGUACCACACAAAGCUGUGCAGAAUUUUUUUUUUUCCGUUGCUUGUUUUUGCUAAUGUUGCUAGGAUGCUAUUAUUUCUCUGGGGGAGGUCGUGUUAAUAUUUGUCUGUUGGCCAUUUUUGUAUUAUGGGAAGGUGGGCCUUUUUGAGUUUUAAGCCUCUGUCUCAGAUGUCUGAUAUCCAUUCAACACGAAAACAUUAUUCACACUCUUUUCCUAUGGAAGAUGUGAACACAGACUUGAGUCCUAAAGGUCUUAGAUGGGGAAAGGAAACAGAGGCCCUGAACAGUGCUUUACUUGGGUAGGAGCUCACCGGACCUGAGUACAGGCAAAUGUUUUACUGCUUGAGCUCCUGUUCCCAUUAGCUAAAAGUAUCUGGCACCCAAAAUGAGUACCGGAACCAGUUUCAGUUCAAGUCAAGUACUGGCCCUAAAGGAAGCUAACAAAAUGACACAUCUAUUGUGACAUUUCAUCUAUUUCUGGUCGGAAAGGAUUUGAGAAAAGGAAGCAAUUUAGAACUAUUCGGACUCCAUCCUACAGUGAGUGAUGGAGCGAGAGCAUUUGUAUGCAUGUGUGUGUGUUUGUGUAUAAUUCUAUUUGCUGAAAGAUGAUUCAAAUACUAAAGCCAUUGUGCAUACAGAUGUAAUGUAUGUAUCACACCUGAACAUGUCUACAGAUUAUUUUCUGUUAUUGGUUUGGUUUUAACCACACCAAGAGCUACAGACUUUAGAAUCACUGCAAAACUGAGACAUUUUAACAGGUUUUAAACUUUUAUCCUGGAUUUAUUUUAAUGGAUUAAAUAGAUUAGAAUUUGCUUUGCACUAUUGGAAGAAAAUACACAUUUGAGAUGCUCUGUUUUAAGGAAGCCAGAACUUGACAUUGUUUGCUAGUUACCUCAAGGCUCCACCAGAACUCACCAAUAUAUCAUUGUCUUUGAUUUGCUCAUCUAUAUUGCCGUUUCAAGACGUCACCUCAGUUACUGAAUCUGUUUUAUGUGUUUUGUUUUUUUUAUUUUCAAGAAAGACCAAAAAAUACAAUUAUGAGAAUUGUCAA